UCGCCUCGGCUCGCUUCGGCCGCGCUCGGCAGUCUGCGGUAAAUCCGGGCUUGCGGCGGCAGGCAGAGGCUGCGGCCCGGUGGUCUCUGCUGCGCGCCGCGAGCCGCGAGAGCCAUGCAGAUGUCCUACGCCAUACGGUGCGCCUUCUACCAGCUGCUGCUGGCCGCGCUAAUGCUGGUGGCGAUGCUGCAGCUGCUCUACCUGUCGCUGCUGUCCGGGCUGCACGGGCAGGAGGAGCAAGACCAAUAUUUUGAAUUCUUUCCCCCGUCCCCCCGGUCGGUGGACCAAGUCAAGGCGCAGCUCCGCACCGCGCUGGCCUCCGGAGGCGUCCUGGACGCUAGCGGCGACUAUCGCGUCUACAGGGGCCUACUGAAGACCACCAUGGACCCCAACGAUGUCAUCCUGGCCACUCACGCCAGUGUGGACAACCUGCUGCACCUAUCGGGCCUGUUGGAGCGCUGGGAGGGCCCGCUAUCCGUGUCGGUGUUCGCCGCCACCAAGGAGGAGGCGCAGCUGGCCACGGUGCUGACCUACGCGCUGAGCAGCCACUGCCCCGAUAUGCGUGCCAGGGUUGCCAUGCACCUUGUGUGCCCCUCACGCUAUGAGGCCGCCGUGCCUGACCCCCGGGAGCCAGGGGAGUUUGCCCUGUUGCGGUCCUGCCAGGAGGUCUUUGACAAGCUAGCCAGGGUGGCCCAGCCCGGGAUCAAUUACGCGCUGGGCACCAAUGUCUCCUACCCCAAUAACCUGCUGAGGAAUCUGGCUCGUGAGGGGGCCAACUAUGCCCUGGUAAUCGACGUGGACAUGGUGCCCAGUGAGGGGCUGUGGAGAGGCCUGCGAGAAAUGCUGGAUCAGAGCAAGCAAUGGGCGGGCACAGCGCUGGUGGUGCCUGCCUUCGAGAUCCGUCGAGCCCGCCGCAUGCCCACGAACAAAAACGAGCUGCUGCAGCUCUACCAGGUGGGCGAGGUGCGGCCCUUUUAUUAUGGGCUGUGCACCCCCUGCCAGGCGCCCACCAACUACUCCCGCUGGGUCAACCUGCCAGAAGAGACCUUGCUGAGGCCUGCCUACGUGGUGCCCUGGCAAGACCCCUGGGAGCCAUUCUACGUGGCUGGAGGCAAGGUGCCCAACUUCGACGAGCGCUUUCGGCAGUAUGGCUUCAAUCGUAUCAGCCAGGCCUGUGAGCUGCACGUGGCAGGAUUCGAUUUCGAGGUGCUGAACGAAGGUUUCCUGGUUCAUAAGGGCUUCAAAGAAGCUCUGAAAUUCCAUCCCCAGAAAGAGGCCGAAAAUCAGCACAAUAAGAUCCUUUACCGUCAGUUCAAACAGGAGUUGAAAGCCAAGUACCCUGACUCCCCACGUCACUGCUGAGCCCCUCCCUCCCCUAGCCUGAGAAGUCUCAGCCUCCUCACUCCUUAGGCUGCCCCUCAGGCCUGACUGGGGUAAGAAAUGUCACUCCACUUUACAGUGGCAGCUGUGGUGUUUGAACACUGGACUUGAGUAUGGGAUGCUGGGAUCAAGUCCUAGCUUAAUCACUAACUAGUUGUGUGGCCUUGAGCAAAUCCCGUUCUCUCUCUGAGCCUCAGGUACCCCAUCUGUUAAAGGGAGGUGAGAAUACCUACCUCACAGAACUGUUAGGAGGUUCAGAUGAGAUGCUACGUGUGAAAACAUUCUGUAAGCUUCGUACAAAUGUGAAGUAUUAUUAAUAUUAUUGCAGUAUUAUUAUUGUUGUUAUUAUUAUUGUUAUUAACACUCUUGGGUGGGUGGGCUGUAGGAGAGCAAAAUAUGAAUGGGGCAGAGCUGAGAAGUCUGAGUACUUAACAAAAUGGGCAUUUUGGAAAGAAAUCAGUUGAAGGCGUUGAAUUUAGUUCUUAGCUUUUAGGCAACUUCCUGGUUGUCUUAGGCCUCCGUCUCGGGGGCCCUGGAGAAGGGAUGGGUCUGCAGGCUCUGUGCGUGGGAGUCUGAGAUCUGGACCCCUGAAUAGGCUGGGCUGGGUAAUUUGCCUACUGACUACAAUGUGUAAAUAAAUGAGUGU